AUGGGCUCCAUCAAUUUCCCGGCAGAGGAAGAGCGCAUGCUAAACCACUGGGACGACACAAAUGCCUUCCACCAGCAACUCGAGUUGUCAAAAGACGACCCUCCCUAUGUGUUCUAUGACGGGCCGCCUUUCGCUACAGGGACGCCCCAUUAUGGCCAUCUCCUCGCCUCCACCAUCAAAGACAUCAUCCCGCGGUACUGGAGCAUGAAUGGUCGGUAUGUGGAGAGGCGCUUUGGCUGGGACACUCACGGCGUGCCGAUUGAGCAGAUUGUGGACAAGGAGCUGCAGGAGGAGCUGGGCGUGCGAGGGAGAGCGGCGGUGGAAAAGGUCGGCAUCAAAGAGUACAACAGACGGUGUCGCGAGAAGGUGCUUACUUACGCUGGGGAAUGGCGGAAAGUCAUUGGGCGGUUAGGCCGCUGGAUCGACUUCGACCGCGAUUACAAGACCAUGGAUCCCAGCUUCAUGGAGACCUGCUGGUGGGUGUUUGCACAAUUGCAUAAGAAGGGCAUGGUCUAUCACGGCGCGAGAGUGCUACCCUACAGCACGGCCUUGAACACUCCUCUGAGCAAGAGUGAAGCUACGGAGGAGUACAAGGAUGUACAGGAUCCCGCAGUCACAGUCUCAUUCCCGGUGCUGCCUCCUGAUCAGCAGCCAGAAGCUGUCAGGCAGAAGGUCGAGGAGGUCUUGAAGACAGUCGGCGGUAACCUGGAUUUCGUCGCAUGGACCACGACACCCUGGACAUUACCCAGCAACAUCGCCCUUUGCGCGCAUCCCGAUUACGAGUAUCUCAUCGUGCAUGACGUGGAGAGCGACAGGCGGUACCUCAUGGUCGAGGCCGGACUGCGGGUUCUCUACAAGGACCCCAAGAAGGCCAAGUACAAGAUCCUCAGCAAAUUAAAAGGCAAAGACAUUGCUGGCUGGAAGUACAAGCCCAUUUUCAACUACUUCGUCGAAUCGUUCAAAGACGUUGGCUACAGGGUGCUGCUAGACACCUACGUCAAGGACGACGAGGGCGUCGGCAUCGUACACCAAGCACCAGCAUUCGGUGAGGACGAUUAUAACAUCAGCUGGCGAGAAGGCAUCAUUGACUAUGACCGAUCACCACCCAACCCACUCAACGCCGGCGGCGAGUUCACCUCAGAAGUGCCGGACUUCGAAGGCCAACAUGUCAAGGCUGCCGACAAGAACAUCAUCAAGUUCUUGGAAGGUCAAGGACGAAUGGUGAGGAAGUCUCAGAUCACGCACAGAUAUCCACACUGCCCACGGUCGAAGACACCGCUCAUCCAACGAGCUGUGCCGUCAUGGUUCAUCAAGGUGGAGAGCAUUGUGCCUGAGAUGCUCAAGAACCUGGAGAAGACGCAUUGGGUUCCUCGACAGGUCGGCAUGGGUCGCUUCUAUCAGUGGAUCUCAGCAGCGAAAGACUGGAACGUGAGCCGGAACCGAUAUUGGGGCACUCCUCUUCCACUGUGGGUGUCAGAUGACAUGAAGGAGGUCGUCUGCGUGUCUUCAGUGGCCGAGCUGAAGCAGCUAUCUGGUUAUGAAGGCGAGAUCAAAGACCUCCACCCGGACAGCGUCGACCAGAUCACCAUACCAUCGAAGCAAGGCAAAGGUACGCUCCACCGGGUGCCUGAAGUCUUCGACUGCUGGUUCGAGAGCGGUAGCAUGCCGUACGCCUCAUCCCACUACCCAUUCUCAUACCCCGACUACGAUUCGUCACAACCUGAUUCCGGCAUGUCGCGGACAGAAGGACCCGGGAAAGCGCUCUUCUCAAAGUUCCCAGGCGACUUCAUUGCCGAAGGAUUGGAUCAGACACGAGGCUGGUUCUACACCUUGAGCGUACUGGGCACGCACCUCUUCAACACGUUCCCAUACCAGAAUUGUGUGGUCAACGGCAUCGUCCUUGCAGAAGACGGCAAGAAGAUGUCAAAGUCUCUCCGCAACUUCCCAGAUCCCAUGCUGGUAAUCGACCGGUACGGCUCCGACGCACUUCGCUUGUACCUCAUCGACUCACCAGUGGUCCGCGGUGAGCCACUCCGCUUCUCCGAGAUGGGCGUGAAGCAAAUCGUGUCUGGCGUGCUAUUACCGCUCUGGAACUCGUAUAACUUCUUCGCGCAACAAGCGGCGCUGCUGAAGAAGAACACUGGCUCAGAUUUCGUCUUCGAUCCCGAGAUGCAGAAGUCGAACGAGAACGUGAUGGACCGCUGGAUCCUGGCUGCUACACAGAGCUUGCUGCAGUACGUCAAUCAAGAGAUGGAGGGCUACAGGCUCUACACUGUGGUGCCAAGGCUGCUGAAGAUGGUCGACGACACAACAAACUGGUACAUUCGCUUCAAUCGCAACCGAUUAAAAGGCCAGACUGCCUCAGCAAAGCCUGCUACCAAUGGCGUGCAGAUGAAUGGCGCCAAGCCAGAAGCGGACGGUGACUCGGAAGAGGCUGUCGACACCCUUCACGCCCUGAACACGCUCUACGAAGUCCUCUACACCCUUGUCCGAGCCCUUGCCCCAUUCAUCCCUUUCCUCUCGGACAACAUCUUCCAGCGCUUAGCACCUCACCUGCCCGAGUCCAUCACAAAAGGCAAGGAUGUACGCAGCGUCCACUUCCUCCGCUUUCCCACCGUACGGCAAGAACUGUUCGACCCUGUCGUUGAGCGACGAGUGAGCCGCAUGCAGAAAGUCAUCGAGCUGGGUCGUCUAGCGCGAGAACGGCGAACACUCAGCUUGAAGACGCCGCUCAAGACGCUCAUUGUGCUGCACCAAGACCAGCAGUUCCUAGAAGACGUCAAGACUCUUGAACGCUACGUCACAGAAGAGCUCAACAUCCGCGACCUCGUCCUCACCACCGAAGAGAGCAAGUACGGCGUCGAGUACAGCGUGCAAGCGGAUGUGAAGAACUUAGGCAUGAAGUUCAAGAAGGACGCUGCCAGUAUCAAGAAAGCGUUGCCGAAGCUUUCAUCAGCAGACAUCCAUGCUUUCCUGGACACCGGCGCCAUCACAGUGGAAGGUCACCAACUGAGCGCCGAAGACCUCCGGGUCCAGCGCGGGCUGAAGCAGAGUCCAGAGACCGCCGACCUCGAAGUUGCUGUUGAAGGGGAAGUGAUGAUCCUACUCGACGCCUUUGCGUACCCUGAGCUCGCGCAGGAAGGCCUCGCAAGAGAAGUACUCAACCGUGUUCAGCGCCUUCGCAAACGCGCUGAUCUGGUACCGACGGACGACAUCAAGCUCGCCUACUCCGUCCUCUCACCUGCUACUGUCGACGGCGCCGAUGGGGCCGGAAAGGGCGAGAAAGGUGCUGUGAGUGAGGCUUCGCGAUUAGAGGCUGAGAGGCUGGUGGAGGAGAUGUUUGUGCAGCAGGCGGGGACUAUUACCAAGGCUGCGAGUUUGGGGGUUGUCAAGAUUGAGGAUGGCGGGGCUAAAGAGGAGGCUGUGGCGGAGGAAGAGGCGGAGGUUAAGGAUGUACGGUUGUUGUUGAGGUUGUUGAAGGUUUAG